AAUUCAAAACGGGAGCGAUCGAAGAGAAGGAUUCCUCCGGCUCGGCGUCCAGCUCGAGCGGCGUGAGGAUGGAGUUGGCCACGCCAGUGAUGCUUCAUGCGCUGACAUGCACUUUGCAACGGGAGCAUCGCUUCUUAGCGUGAGGUGAAGCGGGUCAACAUGCAGGAAAAACACCAGCCUUCCAGCCCGGGGCCAAGCAGUUUAGGGGGGAAGGCUCAUCCAGCUCUCAAAGCCUUCAUGUGCGGCUCCCUCAGUGGCACGUGCUCCACGCUGCUUUUCCAGCCUUUGGACCUGGUGAAGACACGGCUGCAGACCUUGCAGAACACCGCCAAACCAGGUUCACCAAAAGUGGGGAUGUUAAGUGUUUUUAUCAACGUCAUAAGGACAGAAAACGUCUUCAGCCUGUGGAAAGGAGUUUCUCCUUCUUUUGUCCGCUGCAUCCCCGGUGUGGGCAUCUACUUCAGCACCUUCUACUCACUCAAGCAGCACUUCUUCCUGGACCGGGCACCCAAUGCCGGCGAGGCUGUUCUCCUGGGCGCCGGUGCCAGAGCGGUGGCCGGUGUCUGCAUGCUGCCGUUCACCGUCAUCAAAACGCGCUUUGAGAGCGGCUUCUACAACUACGUGAGCGUGACCGGGGCUCUGAGGAGCAUGUACGAGACGGAGGGGUUGAGAGCGCUGUUCUCGGGCCUCACCGCGACGCUACUCCGUGAUGCCCCCUUCUCGGGGAUCUACGUCAUGUUCUACAGUCAGACUAAGAAGACUCUGCCUCCAGAGGUGACGUCAUCGGUCUACGUACCCCUGGUCAACUUCAGCUGCGGCGUGGUGGCGGGCGUCAUGGCGUCGCUGGUGACGCAGCCAGCAGAUGUGGUCAAGACGCACAUUCAAGUCAGCCCGUCGCACUGGAGCACAGCAGAUGCUGUUCGUUACAUCUACAUGAAGCACGGCCUUGGGGGCUUUUUCCGCGGUGCUGUACCUCGGUCCCUCCGUCGCACUCUGAUGGCCGCCAUGGCCUGGACUGUCUACGAACAGCUGAUGGCUCAGAUGGGCCUCAAAUCCUGAAGUUGUUGAUAUCGCCAAGUUGAGUGAGUGAGUGCGUGUGAGUGCGUGAGGCUAAAUUAUUCUAAACCUUUGUGAAAAUUGUUCAGUAUGUGUGGGUGUAAGAUUUUGGAAUUUUCUCAAAGGUCAAAAUCCGUGCCAAGUAGCAACACUGACAGGUUGAGCUGCACUGGAUUCUGUCGUUCUUGAACUCUGAUACGAUUGCACAGGGUUUCUUUCUCACCAAUAAUCUCCAUCGAUUAAGAAAGGAAGAAGAAUAAAAACGGGUUUAGUUUUAGGCUCAGACAAUCACAAAUACUGCAAAAGAUAUGAUGUGUUGGAACAACUUGGCCUUUUGCCGUACUACUUGAAGGGACAGACGGGCAUGUGACAAUGGGUAUUAAAUAUGUCACCAAAAACGGCGUGCUGUCUGGGAUACUAGUUUUUGAUUGGCUUUGAUAAAAUGUGUGCCUUCAGGUUGGGUGGCUACUUACCGAAAAUAAUUACACAUCAGAAAAAUGAGCUUCUCUAUAUUUUUUCCAACUUAUUAAAGCUCCUUGCUGCUGAAAUGCACAUGUUGUCCGUCUCUUUAAAUACACGUUUUAAAAAGUUACCUAAAAAAUGUUCAGUCAAACAGGCUUUGGGUGUGCCAAUAAGAGUAUCGUCAGACAGAUCUAGCAUUUUUCUAUUUAAGAAGCACUGCAGUUUAUAUAUUUUUGUAUUUUUCGCCGAUUAGCUACGGGGUUUGCCAAGCUUCUAAGAAAAAAACCUUGAUAAUUCAAUGGCACAUUUCCUCAAAUAGUGGCCUUUCUCCGAUUAAUAAAUGGACUCAUCAAGGAAAAAAAAUGCCGUAAGCGUAAUGAUUUCAUUUCAUAGAUGCUAUGCUCUGAAUGGGAUCAUUCACUUCUAGUGAUCACUCACUAGCCUUUCCAUUUAAAAUAGAUGGGUUGUCUAUUGCUGUCAAUGGCAGUGAAUUUGUUCAGUGUUUGCCCUCCAGUAAAUAAAGACCCAGUAGCCACUCUGCGGAAACCUUUAGAAACAUGCUUUCAGAAACUUGCAUAAACAAAAGACGUUGGUUACUGAUUUAAACGACUGAAGGCACUUUGCUGUACAUAUUUCUAUAGAGAGGCAAUCUAUUGAUAUUUUGACAUGUCUGUGCUAACACUGCUAAAUAUAUGUGGUAGCAUUUCAUGUUUCUACUAUUGAUCAGUGGUAGCGACUUGGAGACUUGGAAAAGUGUCUUAAUUUUUCUUUGGAGUGUGUAUGUGUCUCACAGUGCACCUGUCUCUGUGUGUGAUGACUAUUGGAUCAUUAUUACUGAACAUAUUUGCUCUGUGCAGUGUUUCCUCAGACAUUGUGCCUGUCUGUUUUUAUUGUCAAUAAGUAUACCUUUUAAAUAAAGCUGUUCAUACCUUUAAAAAAUGACUUAAUUCAGAAUCUGAGGGCUUCAUUUAAGGUUAAAUGGAUUGUUGAUGUGGGCAGAAAUGUUUCCCACUGAUUGGAACGUCCCAGCACAGUUUUACAUUGCAUGUAUUGUUUCUGCAAAAUUCCACAUGGCAACUUGAACAAUCCUAGUUCUGUCGUGACUUCACCGAUUCAGCAUAAUGUGUUGCAGCAUGGAUUAGGUUUGUGGGUAAGGGGAUGGCUUUAGCCAUAGUUAUGUUUGGUCUACCUGGCUUAAUGGUUUCUGACUUGAAUGCAACAAUUAGCUGUCUAUUAGCAAAAUGGUCAUGUAAAGUUGUAUGUUGUUUCAUCCCAAGAUUGAUGACAGUCAAGGCUGAAGACGGCACUAAACCCUGUAGAAGUCCUUAAAAGAUGGAGGGAAUAUGAAGAAGUAUUGUUCAAAAGCCCCCCCACAAUUAAACACACCACAAAAUCCCUGUGUUUGAAAAGGGCCACCACCUCUCUUGCACGAAAUUGAAGCUGCAAUUAAAUAUCUGAAAAAAUGGGAAGUCUCCAGGACUUGGUAACAUCCCAGUUGAACUCAUCAAGCGUAGCGAAGCGAUGGCCGUAAAAGCCCUACAUACCUCAAUCAUAAAGAUAUGGGAACAAUACACAUGGCCAAAUAAAUGGAAAUUGCAAGAAACGGUCGUAAUACACAAAAGUGGAGACGAGUGUGUGGAAACUACAGAAAUAUUGCAUUUAUAAGUCAUUAAGUCAUAAGCAAAUUUAUUUAUAUAGCACAAUUCAACACAAGGCAAUUCAAAGUGCUUUACAUCACAUGAAGAUCAUAAAAAUCACAUUAAAUCAGAACGUAAAAAUGAAGGCAGUCAAAACAUGAAAUUAUACAUAAAAAUCAUAUUUUUUUUAUUUUUAUUUUAUUUUUUUAUUUUUUUUAAACCUGUCCUGUUCAGCUGUUUGACACGGAGAAUGGAAGUCUAAGUGCCCGGAUAGUGUGAAGUUUUAAUGUUUCACAUUGAGAGUCUGACAUACUCCCAUUGUGAAUCUCAUUUAAUCACGAAUAGAAUAAGAAAAAAUAAAUACUACUACUACUAAUAAUAAUGAUAAUGGAAAUCAGCAAUGGAGAUAUAGCACAAGAGGAAUAGAAAGCAAAUAGAUUGAAAUAUAUAAAUAGUUAUGGAUAUGCUGUGCUAAACAAGAGUGUUUUUAGCCCUGAUUUAAAGGCACUAAGAGUUUGAGCAUACUUCAGACCUUCAGGUAACCUGUUCCAGAGGUGAGGAGCAUAAUAACUAAAUGCUGCCUCACCCUGCUUGGUUCUUAUUCUUGGAACAUACAGGAAACUGGUUCCAAAUGACCUUAGGGGUCUAGAUGUUUCAUGGGAAUCUAACAAAUCAAGCGCGUAUUUUGCAAGUAAAAUACUGCUGCCUAGGGCGUAGGUUUGGUCUCAACAUUGGUAGGGACGCUAUUACAGUAAUGCAUAUAUGUAAACAAUGACCCAAAAAAGGAACAGCUAGCUUGACUUCAUUGUUCCUUGUGGAGGCUGGCCUGACCGCAGUAGUUUUGCAGGUUACCAAGUUUAAUGUUAUGCUAAAUCUGAUGCAGGUCAGUCUUUCAGUAGCAAAAUUAGUGGGGUUUCCCCCAUUUCCACAACAUUGAUGUCUUUUUACAUGACUUGCAGUGGCUGCUGCUGGCUGGGAAAAAAAAACUUCUAACAUCUCUCCUCUCUGAAGGGGGCGGAGGAGGUGGCAUGUUGUUGACAUGGAUCUGUUAGGGCUGUGUGAGUGUGUGUGUUUGUGGCGGGACAGGUGGCUUCAAGUCAUCAGCCAACCAAACGUUCGUUUGGAGGGAGGGGGAGGCGCAUUCAGCAAGUGAAAAGGGAUAAAUGUAAGUCUGAACAUAAUGAAAAUAAUUCACUUUACAAUUGUAGGGUCUAUUCUAUCAUUACAACAAAUGGGAAGACAAUCUAAAAGACCUAUAAAACUGAACUCUAUAUAAUUCGAAUAAGGCUGCUUAAAAGUUGGUGAGCAUCCUGAAAAGUUGCUAGUGUUAUGUCCCUACCGUCCCUAUGCAAACCUACGCCCUUGACUCCUGCACAUACUACCUCAACGAAUCAAAAGAAAAAUCGAUUUUGAACUGAACAAAGAUCAAGCGGGUUUCAGAGAGGAAAGGUCAACAGCGUAUAUGAUGUGUGCCCUCCAAGUCAUCCUCGAAAAACUAAUUCAAAUAGGACAGGACUACAGCAAGGUUUUUGACAGUGUUACCAUCCAGACCUGUUUAAAACUACGAAUUACAUGGGCUCCCCAAAACACCUGUUACAAUUAUUUAUAAACUUGUUCAUAGACCAAGAGGCGGUCAACAGAUGGAACAACAGCCAUACAAAACCAUUCAAAAUUGGGAAAGGGGUGAGACAAGUGUAACCAAUGUGUAAAUGGUUAAAAGUAAUUUUCACAAAAGUUCGUUUUUUUUUUUUUUUUUUAAUUGUAUUUUUCAACUUAUAGUAAUUACCUUGUUCACAUUUGUGAGUGUUUUUAUGGGGAGUAUUUUUAAUUUCAUUUUAUCUACAUGACCUUUGACUUCGUCGUGAUGUCACUUCCUCUUGUAACUUCUCGCGCUCUCUUCUUAACUCAUUCACUCCCAGCCAUUUUCACCAGAGCAAGGCCCUCCGCUCCCGGCCGUUUUUCUGGAUUUUGACUGAUUUUGCAAGACCCACAGAAAAUUCUGUUCAAUUGCUAUAUAAACACGGAACCCACCAAAAGAAAGAUUAAACUCUCUUCUUUCAGCAGAAAAAAAGUAAGUUCAUAUCUUUUUCCAUUCUUUAGAAAUCAGUAUUAGAAAAUAGCUUAGUUUGAGCAAUUUUCCAAUUUCUGAUGAAAAAACGAGAAAUUGAGCUUUUUGUGAAACCAUACAUUUCAAACAUAACUUUGACUUUAAAACAGCUAUUUUUUUCAUUAGUUAUAUCCCAAACAUCUGAAUAAUAUUUUCCUUUUACAAAAUAUCAUAAUGAACAAGACAAAUAUAGCUUUUAAGUACCAAUUUGUUUACACAUGACUACUAAGAGAUGACGCCUGCUGUCGCCAAGAUGACGCUUUUGUCGCCGCGUGUGCCGUGUAAACUUUUUCCUCAUUGUUGUUUUUAAAUCGUUGUAUUUUUAAAUCUCUGCGGGGUCUGCUUGGCUAGCCCGCUGCACGGUGGUCUCAGUCGUUUUGUUCAGUCGUCCAGGUCCUGGCAUUCCAGGCGUCCUCUCGGUUGUUUUGUUUGGUCGUCCGCCGCCUGGCAUACUGCCGCCAGCGCUCCGACUGUGCUGCCCGGCCUUUCAUUGCUGUUGAAUUGGGUUGCGGGUCUUUACAAAAUUCGCUGCUGCCCUCCAGUGGCCUGUUUCAUUGCUUUAAAAUGGGUUUGGAGCCUUUUUUUUUUGUUUGUUCCACAGAUAGAUCGCAAGCUAUAGAUUCUUAUUGUUAAAAAAAACGCAAAAGACGAAUAAAUACGUUUUUGAGACAAUGAAGCAUUUAAAAAUAGAACGUAUUUAUACGUUUCUGGGAGCAAAUGAGUUAAUGUAUUGUUCAGUUGUUACCGAGACUGCUGAGAGACAGGUACGAUGUGAAGUUGCUCCUUUGUGUGUAGUACUAUGUACAAAAAACGCUAAAUAAAAGUUAUGCUCGCUUUUAUAAAUAGCAUAGCCUGUUAGGAGUGUUUUUGUGUUUCAUAGAACUUAGUACAGCGAGUGUAAUUCUCUUUUUAAGACAUUUUAGCCGACAAACCUGGAGUUUAUAUGGGGCGCCGAUGGUAAAGCAGCAC